UCUACCAUGGCUGUAAAUGAGCAAUGUUGUGUGUUCCCCAGGCUCAGACACAUCAGUUCACAUCAUAAACUCACUGCUUGCUCUAUGCUAGCUAGCUCUCUCACAUGUUAACUUCUUGCUUUAUUUAGUACCAAAACGUCGAUCCUGAACCCAACUCAACACUCCAUUUUGUCUAAGUUUUUAAGCUAACAAUUCGAUCUUGAUCUUCCUUAAGGGCUCUUGGUUUCAGCAUAUAUGGAAGGAGAGCUCAAAAUGAGAGGUGGUGAUCUGAUCAGGCCAGGAAGAUCUUGCAUACUCUCAGUGGCUACCAUUAGUAGUUCUUUGCUUGCUGUGUUCUUUGUGACUGAGUUGUUUCAUUUGAAAGCUGUUAGUGAAAUUGGCUCUAAAAAACCAGUCUUCUACAAGGAAAACAACACCAAUUUUGCCAGGAAGCUACUGCAGUUACCUGAUGCUGGGAGUACGAACCGCAUAGGCGCAGCUUGUUCAAAGGAUGGCAUUGAUAUAGUUCAAGGCUCAACAGCUCCUCUUCCAAAUGGCAUACCAUCAUACACGGUUCAAAUACUGAAUGUUUGUGUCUCCGGUUGUAGUAUAUCAAACAUUCAUGUCAGUUGUGGAUGGUUCAGCUCAGCCAGACUGAUAAAUCCUAGUGUGUUUCGACGAAUUUACUACGACGAUUGCCUUGUUAAUGAUGGAGAACCUCUUGGCCCUGGAGAAACCCUCUCCUUCCAGUAUGCUAACAGUUUUCUGUACCCAUUAUCCGUCUCUUCUGUUGCCUGUUGUUAAAUCAAUGGAUUGAGUGUGGAAUAUGUUACUUAAUUUUGUUUUACUGUGGUAUUAGCCUUCUUUUCAAUAUAAUUAUCGUGUCUGAUUGUGUCA